UGCGCGGUCCUCUUUCAGCGCUUUAGCAUUCCCUGCCCCUCCAUGCGUCUGUCUCUAGGGGCAUUCGCUCCUCUGUGUCAUUGGGCUUAACAGGUUCCGCCCCUACCCUGCGCUGGGGAGCCGCUGCUGCAUCCAUCUCUGCCGCCGGGGCAGUUCCCUUUGCGUGGAAGGCGGCUGCUCCUCCACUCAAGCAGACUGAGGGUGAGGCGCAGAGCCGAGCUUGCUGCGAGCUUCACACAGUCCAGGGAGGGAAGGGAAGGGGCUGAGGGCGUCGGUCGGCGUCGUCUCCCCCCGCCCCCGCCUCUCAGCCCGCGUAGGCUCAGAAGCAGCCUCCUCCUCGCCAUCCCCUGAGCCUCGGGGAGGGGACUCGCUCUCCUUGCAGCAGAAUCGAAAAACGACAAGACGGUGCAGCAAAGAGCAAAGAGGAAGCCAGACAAAGGAGAGAAACGCUGCCGCGGGCGGAGGGGGCAGGGGAUCUCUUAAAAAAAAAAAUCCCAUAGACCUUUAAGGACGGUCGGGAACUGAUAUCUGUGGUUCCGGACUGGAUCUGAUGCGAUCUGGAAUUAGCAAUCAUGCACAAUCCUAGUAAAUACUACAGGCAGCCAAGACCUCACUCAACAGUGUGAUCACUGCUUUAUGCUGCUUCUCAGUUGGUGGCCUUCUGUAGUAAUUUAUGGAUCAUACCUUUUGGGGGUUGCUACAUGUAAACUUAUAACUGAAGGAAAACAUCUUAAUUUUUGUGAUGCUGGGAGACAUGCAUUGAGAGAUAAAAGUGAAGACGACUACUUCGAUGCCAACUUGAAUUUACCUUGUGAAGGGGAAAGUGUAAAGGACUACUUGUAUUUAUCCACUGUGGGACCAUUGCACAUGACUAAGACCUAGGAAGAGAUACAGCUUUGAAGCUUUGUGUUUUGCUCUUAACUUGGUGUUUGCACUUUGAACUGUUAACAAAAAAUGAGCGAGUUCUGGUUGUGUUUCAACUGCUGCAUUGCAGAACAGCCUCAGCCUAAAAGACGGCGGCGGAUCGAUCGAAGUAUGAUUGGUGAGCCAACAAACUUUGUUCACACAGCUCAUGUAGGUUCAGGAGACCUCUUCAGUGGAAUGAAUUCGGUGAGCUCAAUUCAGAACCAAAUGCAGUCCAAAGGAGGCUAUGGAGGAGGCAUGUCUGCAAAUGUUCAAAUGCAGCUUGUAGAUACAAAGGCAGGAUAACUGUGGGACUUCUUUCCAGUCCUUGUGCAUUUCUGAACCUCCUUUCCUGUGUCCCUCUCUUUAUGCCUUGGUGACUGAGAGAAGUGAUGGCUCAUCAUCCACCCCUUGUGAAUACGCCGGUGAAACAUUCCUGUUCUGCUGUGAGGAUGACAUUUAUCAGACUGGUUUUGUUGUGCCUUUCCAGUGGCAUGCAUACAUCUCACUGCUACCAAAACAUCUGUGGACAUAGUAUUGUUUAAGGGUUUUUUCUUUUUUGCUCGCAACAUUUUCAAACAACAUUUUAAACAAUCUAAACAUAUUUUGGUGUUGGGUUUGUUUGUUUUUACUUCCUCUGCAAGGCCUAUUUUAUGUCAUUCUCAUGUGUCUGUUUUUUAAAAUGUUUGUUUUCUUCUCUGUAAACUAGAAGCAAGCAAGUUCCAAUUAAUACAUUGAACCUGUCAUUGUUAAUAUAGCUCUAUUUUUUUUUAAUUUGUAAAGGUCUGGGACCUGCAAGCACAAUGAUCAUUUCACACAGUCAGAUCAGCAGAGUAUAUGACUGCAUGCUUUGUGAGUUCGCUUGGUAUGGUGGCCUGUGUGGUGCCAAAAAUAAAAGUAAAAAAUGCUUGUUCUUGCAGAUGGAUGAUACUAUUGCUGAUUAAAAAGUUUUGCAAUGGCACCAGAUCAUGCCAAUCUCUUUGGAAAAAGAGGACUUGUAACUUUUAGCUGCUUUGAAAAUAUGGUCUUAGGUUUUGAUCAAACUGGGUUUGAAAUAAUAAAGAGAGAGCUUGCAUUCAUAAGGCAUUUUGUUGUAAAUGUUCAGUAUAUUUAUUUUGAAAGAGCUGACCUCAAGAUUGUAAGCCAGUGUAGUAACGUACAUACUAAAUGUUGUGGUGGCGCUUUUGUCUGGUUAAAGGGGCAUUGUUAUGUUGGCUGCUUUUUGUUUUUUGUUUUUGUUUCGUUUCAAGCUUAAUUUUAGGCCAUACUGGCAUUUCCAGUAGCAGCAUGUUGAACUGCCUGCAAUAUUAUAGCUGGAAUUUAGUUGACCUCUCUAAGUAGUUGGCAGUUUCCACGUACUAAAUAUUUAGGGGCCAUGUAAGUUGCUAGGAGCAACAUAGUAACCUGGCAGAAACUGAUGCCAGCGAAAACAACAUACAGGGUGGCUUUUUGCUAUACUGGUCAAGAAGCCUUUUGCUCAGGUUCCAAAGCAUGUUCCUCUUUCACAAAGUGUGAAAAUUGUGUUUAAUAUUGCACUGUUUUUGAAAUAUUUCUGUAAGUGUAUUUUUUCUUUUUCUUUCUUUUUGGUCUCCCCACCCCACCCCACCCUGCCCAUGGUCACAAGAAACAGAAGUCAUGAACUCUAGCAACAUACUUUUCAAAGUCUCAUUUAGAAGCCUCCUCAUGCAACAUUUUAAACAUCUUUACUGGCAAGUGACAUAACUGAAUCUUAACUGGAUAAGUUCUCGACAAAAACACACAGAAGCAACUUGUUGCACAAACUCCAUUCAUUUGAACAGAGAUCAUGCAGGAACCUCCUGGAGGCCUCAUUGAGCUAAUGGGGAUUGCUUUGCAGUUAAUGCCCAUUGGUAUUUUUCCCACUUCCAUUCUUGAUUUAUAAGGGGCAGAUACCAUAGGGAGGGGUAAUCCCUGUACAUUUUAAAAUAAAAUUAAAAAUCCCUGGUACUAAUCAAAAUGACCUUAACUUAUUUCAAAUGGUAAUGUAAUAACAUUUUUUGUCCGAAAGCACUGCUGGGUACAGUCCACUGGGGAUUUCGUGUUAUCAUCUCUGCAAUGAGUAGAAGCAAUGGUGGAGGACAUCUGCACAAAUUAUUGCUCCACUCCUAACCAUUUCUGUGAGCUGAUUUCGUGAGACAUUCCUGGUGCAUUGUGCCCUUUGACUUUCUGAGGGCAUAAGAGGGGGCGGGGAGAAAGCUGCAAUGUGCCCCUGAUUGAAAAAUAUUAGGUUUGGAGCUACAGUCAAAUAUUUUCACUGAUGGAGGUUCAAAUGCACGUUGCUCAAACUACCUUUGAUAGUCUAGGAUGCAUAAGUACAUAGGCAACAUGGUGGUCAUUAUGGACAGGUUUUCACAUGUUUAAGGUCUCAAACUGAUCUUCAAUAUGUUCUAGGGUUUCAAAAUUAUUUUCAAUUUCAUCCUCACUGACUGAGAAUAAAUUUUAGGGAGCAUUUUUUAUCCCCCAAAAAAGUCUUCAGUUCAGUCGCCAGAGAAGAGAGACAUAUUUUUAUAACAAACAUACUUUUUUUGUACAUUGUGUUCAUUCUUAAAUAAUGUAAAUUCAAUGUUGUCUUGUAGAUAUUAAAAGGAGAGUAUUGACUUUUGAUUCAAUAAAUGUUUUCUUUCA